AUGGCUGCCCGUGACGGGAGUAAAGACGGUGAGGACAGCAUCCUGGAGCCGUUGUGUUUUCCAGAGCCGUCAGCUGAUGAUGAUCCCGGCGUUCCCAGUGUGCAGCAGCGUUCCAGUGAGGAGCUGCUGGUGUGUCUGUUCUGCUCUGAGUCUGUUCCUCUGAACAACAAAGACCUUCUCCUCAAACAUCUGCUGCUGCAGCACAAGCUCGUCAUCGCUGACGUCAAACUCAUCGCAGACCUGCCAAAGUACUUGCUGUACUGGAGAGGCAGAUUCUUGGAGCAGCCCGUCACAGAUUUCUGCAGCGUCAUCAAGACAAACUCCACCGGCCCCAUCGAGAAACAGGAGGACUACUUCCUGCUGUGUGACGUUCUUCCAGAAGACCGAAUCCUCCGAGAGAAGCUGCAGCAGAAACGACUGGAGGAAGUGUUGGAGCAGCAGCAGAAGGAGAGAGAUGACAGCAGCUUCCAUCGUCUCUGCAUGUUCUGCAGUGAUGAGUUCUCCGGAAACAGGUCGUCUCUGUUGAACCACAUGGCCAGAGAACAUUCCUUCAGCAUCGGCCUGCCGGACAACAUCGUCUACUGCGACGACUUCCUCGACACUCUGCAGAGCAAACUGGACAAUCUGCAGUGUUUGUACUGUGAGAAAACGUUCAGAGAUAAAACGACGCUGAAGGAUCACAUGAGGAAGAAAGCUCACCGCCGCAUCAACGCCAACAACCACGACUACGACCGAUUCUACGUCAUCAACUACCUGGAGCUGGGGAAGACCUGGGAGGAAGUGCAGAGCGAGGACGACAGAGAGCUGGUGGACGAAGAAGACGAUGAUUGGUCGGACUGGCAGGCUCAUCCCGUCUCUGCUGUGUGUUUGUUCUGUGAUCAUCAGUCUGAGACCAUGGAGCAGAUCUACACACACAUGAAGGAAACUCAUGACUUUGAUCUCCAUAAGUUGAGGAUGGAACUCAAUCUCAGGUUCUACCAGCAGGUCAAACUGGUGAACUACAUCCGGCGGCAGAUCCAUCAGAGCCGUUGCUAUGGCUGCCAGGAGAAGUUCGACUCCAGAGCCGACGUCCUGCGUCACAUCGUGGCCGAAGAUCACACCAUGAAGCUGCCGGAGAUUUCAACCUGGGACCAACCGCAAUAUUACUUCCCCACGUACGAGAACGACGCCCUCCUGUGCACGCUAUCCGACAGCGACGACGACGGUGACGACGGCCGAAGCCACGAGCCGAAUCACGGAGAGGAAAUCCCCGUGAUCGCCGAGGACAUCUCCAACCUCCGAGCUCUCAGACAGACGAGCGUUCUCAACCAGCUGCUGAAGAACAAAGGAUCCUGCAGCUGAGACACAGCGGGGACUUCUCUGAUUUCUGGACAGAUCAGUAAACCUUCGGAGAGCACUUAUGGACAGGAAGGUUACCCCACGGUGACAAACUAAAUCAUGCAGCCUGAGCGUGCACUUUAAAAGCCAGCAGAAGACUUUUCCAUCUUUCCCUCCUAACGUCGUCUAACAAAGGCUUAAAAUCUACAUAUGUACACAAAAACAUCGACUAGCUAAAUCCCUGAGCUGUGACAUCACACUGAAGAUUUAAAGAGCAAACAUCCUCCUUUCCUUCCUUCUUUCUUUCUAUCC